GGCCCGGACUACACUCGCCGGCGUGCCCCGGGGCGCCGCCGCCGCGCGCAGGCGCCGGCCCGGGCGGGUCGGUGUUGUUUUGUGGCGGCGUCACUGGCGGUGCGGCCGGCCCGGGCGGGCCGCGCUCAGUGUGCUUUGAGAAUGUCUGAAAAUUCCAGUGACAGUGAUUCAUCCUGUGGCUGGACUGUCAUCAAUCACGAGGGUUCUGACAUAGAGACGGUGACUUCAGAAAAUGGAAGCACAAAUGAUAACCACGAAUUCAUUUCAGAAGAAUAUGUUACUUUGCAAGAAGAAGAGCAACCCAUCGAUUUGCAAGCUCAGCACAGCACUGAUGGAGAGAUACCAGUGGUAGAUAACACUCCCUCUGCUUUUGAGGAAACUCAGACAGUUCCAGAGGGAAGGAAAGAAAAAGUACAUGAUGAUGGUUCCUGUGUUGGGACUAUUAGUGAUGAUUCUGACAUUGUUACACUUGAAGCUCCGAAAGGCGAAGAAACUCAGAGUCAGGAGGAAGCUCCAGCUGAUGGUGAAGAAGCUCGCAGUUCAGAGGAUUUUAACAUGGGUUCCUCCUCUAGCAGUCAAUAUGCAUUUUCCCAACCAGAAACUGUCAGUUGGCUGGAGAAGCUGAGGAAGAUUCCUGAUUAUGUAAGGGAAUGGGGCAAUGAGGUGAAAGAGCAUGUGUCUCGCAGUCUUCCUUUCCAAGUUUUUUCAUCUCAGGCUAGCAAUGAUGAAUCAAGUAGCGAUGAAACUAGCAAUCCGACCAGUCCCACAGUGCGAAGACGUCGGGCUAAGAAGCGGCUGAUCUCUAGCUCCGAGGCUGAGAGCAGAUCCCCUGCUGACCCAGAGUCCGAACCUCCCCGAGAAGAGCAGCACAAGCGCCAGUUCAGUAGCGGCCUGAAUAGAUGCAUCAUACUAGCUUUGGUGAUUGCCAUCAGCAUGGGCUUUGGACACUUCUAUGGUAAACCUGAAGGUACAAUACAGAUCCAGAAACGUCAGCAGCUGGUAACAAAGACACGUGAAUUAAAAGAUAUGAAAGAUGACAUUUACCAGUGCCAACAAGAGCAAGGAGAUAAAGUGGGGUUGCUCAAGGGAGAUCUCUCCACAUGUUUGACUUCUACUGAGAUGGAAAAGAAAUCCUUUGAAUUGCACAAAAAAAGUCUUGCUGCAGAAAAUCAACACUUAAGAGAAUCCCUAGAGAAGGAAGAAAAAGCUUUGGCUUCACUUCAGGAAGAAUUAAGAAAACUAAGACAACAAAUUAGAAACUUGGAAGAUAAAGGUACUAGUACUGAGUCAAUUGUCAUGGAAAACCAGAAACUAAGGGAACAUCUGGAAGAGGAAAAGCAAAGAAAUCAUAACUUCCUUAGACAAAAGGAAACGCUCUUUGCUGAAGCACAGAUGCUAAGGAGAGAAUUGGACAAAGAACGUCGUGUUACAGAAGCUCUAAAAAAAGAACUAGAACAGCUAGGUUCUAGUCAAGCGCCUGACAAUGUUGCUGAUGAUGAUACAUUAAGGGAAAAUCAAGAAAUAGAAACUCUGCGAGGAAGACUAGCAGAACUAGAAAAAAAGCUAAAUUUUGAGCAACAGCGCUCUGACUUAUGGGAGAAGCUGUAUGUUGAAGCAAAAGAUCAAACUGAAAAACAAGAAGUGAAUGAAAAGGGACAAAAGAAAGGUGCUAAAGGGCAAAGUAAGUCUAAAAAGAAAUCAAAAGAAUCAUUUUUUGGCUCAGUUAAAGAAACUUUUGAUGCUAUGAAAAAUUCCACCAAAGAGUUUGUUAGACACCAUAAAGAAAAAAUUAAGCAGGCUAAAGAAGCAGUGAAAGAAAACCUGAAAAAAUUCUCUGAUUCUGUAAAGUCUACAUUCAGACACUUUAAAGAUACCACAAAAAACAUCUUUGAUGAAAAGGAGAAGAAGUCAAACGAUAAAAAGUACGAGGCAAACAAGAAAGCUCGAACUUUUUACCGAGAGCAUAACUCUUACGAGAAUCUGAAGAACAUGCAUUACAGGGGACCUCACAUGUCAAAAGAUUUCAAAGAUGGAAGAAAACAUCAGUUUACGACAUUUGAAAAAGAUGCAGCUUCAGACAAAUGUCUCAACGAUCCUUUGUGUAACAGAAGACAUCAGUUUGUCCUAAAAGGCUGUUCUGGUAUUUUUGAAUGUGCCCAUCAAGAAUUCACUAGUCUCUUUAACAGAGUAUCAGAUCCUAUUAGGGUAGAUGAAUUUAAUCGGCUAAUGAAAAAGUAUUUGCAACAAGUCGUACAUAACUUUCAUCACUGGAGAGAACUAGAAAAUUUCAUCAAUAAGUUUUUUCAUAAUGGGCUUUUUAUACAUGACCAGAUGCUGUUCACUGAUUUUGUUAAUGAUGUCAAGGAUUAUCUGGAAGAUAUGAAGGAAUACCGAAGUAAGAAUGAAAAUGUCUUUGAUGAUUUGGACAAAUACGUCUACAGAUACUACUUUCAGUAUGGUAAUUCACCCCAAUAUGGACCCAGUCGACCUAAAAGGCCUUCUUUUACACAAACUGAAAAUACCAGACAUGAAAAACAAGCUCAGAAGUACCACCAUCGUAAUAAAAGAGAAGGUAAAUGGCAUAAACAUGGUCGCACUAAUGGAAGACACAUGGCAAAUCUUGAAAUAGAAUUGGGGCAAUUACCCUUUGAUCCAAAAUACUAAGUAAUUUAUGGAAAAAAA